GUCAGGACAGAGCAUUGAAUGGGAUCCAGCAGUGAAAGAGUUAAUGUGGUGGGUGUUUGCACAUCUGUCAGAUUUUAGGCUUGUGAGGUGUGGAAGCAGGAAAGCCUAGUGUUUGGGAAUAAAAUCGAUGAGACUUAGCUGUGGGCUGGGAGUGGAAGCAAGCAGAGAGAGACAGAGAGACAGUAUCACAAUAGGGCAGCAGAGGCUGGAGGAGACGUCCGAGAGCUGAGCUGCAGUCCAGCCCUGGGUUGUUCAACCUCACAGCCAGGAGAGCAAGCUCACAAAACUCAGCGGUCUCUUAAAAGGGGGAGGAUCAGCCCUGAUUGACAUCUCAUUUGCACAUGAAGACCUGUGCUUAACACAAGUCCUAAUGAAGGAGCAAGCUCACUUUUGAAGGAUAGACCAAAGCAAGCUGAUCUGUGCUCUGUCUCAAACAGAUUUUUCAGUUUUUUUGCUUUCCACACUAUCUCCAUAGCUUUACUGGUUGGAUAUUUGGAUUUUAAAUAAACGAACCACGAAAGCAUAGAACGACUUGGUGAAUUGUGUCAGUGACUCCAGAAGAAUCAUCUGAAGUGAUAGAGGACACAGUGGAGAAAGCUAUUGGGCUCUUUUCAGGAACGCGGCAAACAAGCAAUUAAUUGGGUUGUACGAGGUUGCUAAUCAGAGAAAGGCGAGAAGACAAAAGCCAGUGGUGAUCUAAGGCAAGUACCAUCUUUGUACUGAUACAGGUAGUCAUUUAGUCGGACAUUCAGCAGUGGUUCUCUCGCAGUCCAUUUAGAGUAAAGAUUAAUGACCACGAUUAGAUAAAGAGGAGGAUGCGAUAGCCUGAAGACAUGAAUGUCCACUUGGGUUUGCAGAACAACGGAGACAUGUCUAGCUCAGACCACGAGCUAAUGCACAGCCAAGGUAGGACUUUACAUCCACCUGUCCCUCGAUCCUCCUUGGUGUCCAGCAUGACCUCAGUAUUGGAUGGAGGGGAUUAUCACCGUUCAGACCACCACCUGGCUACCUCUAUGCACCCUGGCAUUGGAUUUGGGGGUGACUCUCCACCGGCAUCAGCCAACAGUUACACAACACUGACUCCUCUACAACCUCUACAUGAUAAGUUCCAUCAUCACCAGCAUCACCAAUGUGUCCCAGUUGGCAAUGUUAUUGGAAGCUUUACUCUUAUGAGAGAGGACAGAGGUUUGGGGCCACCAAGUAACUUUUACAGUCACUAUCCCAAAGACAUAAGCAUGGGGCAAAGUAUUUCUUCUUUGCCAAGUCCUAAUCUCACCACCAUGCACAGUUAUGGUCAUCCUUCUGGACACUUAACUAAUGAAAAGAUGGUCUCUGGGAACGGUUUUGAGGCCCACCACAGUAUGUUUAGCAGAAUUGACCAGCACUUUUCAAGGGAGUUGUCCCCACCUCCAUCUUCAGGAGUGGGGUCACCUAACUCCAUGCACCAACACCAUUAUGUACACCACAGGCCUGAAAUAAACUGCAGGCAGAAUCCUCCCAUGCAGACGCAAAACACAGCAAUCUCCAACCAACUGGAAGAAAUUAAUACCAAAGAUGUUGCCCAAAGAAUUAUAGCAGAACUGAAACGAUACAGCAUACCCCAGGUUAUCUUUGCCGAGAGAGUCUUGUGCCGAUCACAAGGAACUCUCUCAGACCUUCUAAGGAAUCCCAAACCUUGGAGCAAGCUAAAGUCUGGGAGAGAAACCUUUAAGAGGAUGUUUCGAUGGCUUCAAGAACCAGAGUUCCAGAGAAUGGCAUCUUUAAGGUUAGAAGCCUGCAAAAGGAAAGAGCAAGAGCAAAGCAAAGCAGAAAGAAAUCACGUUCCUAAAAGGCACCGCCUGGUCUUCACUGACAUCCAGCGACGCACCCUGCAUGCCAUCUUUUUGGAGAAUCAGCGGCCGUCCAAGGAGCUGCAGAUCACUAUUGCCCAGCAGUUAGGACUGGAGCUUUCCACCGUCAGCAACUUCUUCAUGAAUGCCCGCAGAAGAAGCCUGGACAAAUGGAUGGAAGAGGGUCAUGGGCGUCCAUCAUCUUCAGGCUCUUUGGUGUCCAAAACUGGCUCAACCAUCGCUUGCACUAAAGCAUGAGAAAAUUUGCCAAUAUUGCUAAUAACCAAAGAUAGGAGCAGCUUAGCCAUCAUCAUCAUCAUAUGUUUGCCACCAAUUAGGAAUGACUUAAGACAAGGUGACUUGUUAACAUAUGAGUAAAUGGCUGGGGCUCUCCAUCUGCCAUCUUGUACCUCCUUUCAUGGGAUAUUGUGGGUAUUGACCUGUCUGUUCUUGUUCAAUUUGUUUUUCAUAAGUCCAAACAGGACAAACAGGUACAGGUAAUACAGGUGAAAAGUUUCCCUGCCCCUGAAUGCCAUUUUAAUUCUUAGGGUUAUCCAGCUUGGAGUUCUCCCUCCAACAUGAGACAGCAUUUGCAAGGAAACAAUGGCCCAUCAAUUUAUCAGCUGAGAAUAAAGGUCAGGUAUGGCCUUUACUGUCACAAAGAAUCAUGGUUUCUAUCCCUGAGCUUUUUAAACCGUGUGUGCUCAAGGGUUAUUAUAAAGGGUUGUGUAAUACAGGUUUG